AUGAGUUCUGAUUUCUUUCUUGAGUAUGAAUAUAGUUACAAUCAGGAGCACAAUCAUGGUAGCAGAAUAAUCAGUAAUUUAGAGGAUUCAAAUAAUAAAUAAUUUAGAGGUCCAUCUCGAUUUACAUGCAAAAUAGAUCCCCUAGAUGAGGGGGAUCAUACUGUAAAACCACCAACGGUCGGAAGUUAAUUUAUUGAUAAUGCUCUCCCAUAAUAACCUGAUGUUAAUAAAGUUCCGAGAAUACUGUAGUUAUCACCACCUGAUUCAAUAAUUGAAGAAAACCCUUUGUUUUCCACAUAGAAGCCGGAAUUGUAGAAGGACACCAAGGAUUUCAAGGAUCUCUCUCAAACAAAUUCAACAUAGAAGGACAUAAUGAAAAAUUUUUUAAAAGCUGUGAUUGCAAAAAGUUAUACAAACCGAUUUAUUGAAAACAUGUUGCAAAAGUCUUAUAUUAAGAAGCCAUCCCAUUUUUCUCAAUUUCAAAACACCCUAAUGGAUGAUCUUCGGUACAUUUAUUAGCACAACAGAUCUUCAAAACAUUGGUUAAGUACGAUCUGCAAACGUUUAAGAUUCUUUCCAAUUCUGGAUUAAAGCAGUUAUUUAGUAAUAGGAUGGCAAAUCAUUCACAUUUUGACUAUAAUAACAGUGUUUUUUUGGACUCCAUUCAACAUUUCUUUUGGGAUCACAUAUCAACAAGUAGUUUUUGCAGGAGUAACAGUUAAGAAUGUAGAGAACUAUUUUCUAAUCACAAUAAUAAUAGAUGCCUUAAUAGUGAUAAAUACGUCAUAUAUAGAGAAGGGAGUGAUCAUAAAAUCAAGACGGAAAAUAUUUAUGAACUAUUUGGAAGGACAAGCAGUUUAUGAUUUGGUAUAGAUACUAAAUGUAAUUAAUGUAGUUCUCUUUCGGUGCCCUUUUGAUUGCAAUAGAAUUCGAGAUAGACACGUCAAGUGAGAAAUUGGGUUGGCAAUUGUGUCCCUACUGCAUAUACUAUUGUUGCCGAUUAUUUAAAUUGUAAGGUAGAGUGCAUAAAUUAGAAGAGUAAAUUACACCUUAAUUAUUUUAGGUUUUUCAAUUUCACCAAUUCUUACUAAGAUUUUAUUGAAUUAAUUAAACUGCUUUUUAUGGUUUUGUAUGUAGGACAUUUGUUCGCUUGUUUAUGGCAUGGAGUUGCAUUUUAUCAAUAGGGUUAUCGAUAAACUUGGAUAGAUGAAUAUGUGAAAGAGCCUGAUAUGUUUUCUGUGUACAAUUAUGCAUUCUAUUGGGCAGUACAAACUAUGAUUACUGUGGGAUAUGGCGAUUUGACUCCUUAAAACAAUGCAGAAAGAAUCUGUGCGAAUCUUAGUAUGUUUUUAGCGUGUGGAGUCUUUGCCUUCUCCUUCAACUCUAUUGGGUUAAUGCUAAGUAAUCUAAAUUCCAGAUAAGUGUUAUACAAAAAAAGCAUCAACUUAUUGAACUAAUAUUUGGUUAAGAAUCAAAUUAAGAUUGAAUUGCAAUCGCGUAUUCGGAACUACUACGAUUAUAUAUUUCAAGAGGAACAAGAAAUCAACGAUGAAGAGGUUUCGCAGAUUACCACAAAAUUGUCAAGUAGUCUUUAGGAAGAACUCAAUUUCGAAAUACGUUACAAUGUGAUGAAAACUAAUAAAGUCUUGACCAAGUUCUCUCAAAAGGUCUUGAAACAGUUGUCUCUUCAAAUCGAAGAGGUUAGGUUUUCACCUGAAGAUUAAAUAUUACAAUAAGGUAUUUGUGAUGAUGCUGCAUUAUAUAUAAUAACCAAAGGCACAGUAUGUAUAUAAUUUUAAGAUGAUAACUAAGGAAGCAACACAAGAGCUCUAUCAUAUCUCACAAAGGGAUAAUCCUUUGGUGAGUAUUCAUUUUUUACAGGUAUGAAUAGAACUGCAUCAGCAAAAAGCAUUGGAUUUUCAAGAGCCUACAAAAUAUCCAGACAAUAAUUACUGAUUGUAUUGGCAUAAACCCCCCUUGAUUUGGUAAAUAGCAUAAUAUUAUCUAACAGGAAAGAUUUUGUGAAGUAAGAGAUAGCAUUCUACUCUCCAGUAAUUACCAACCAUCCAAACUAAGUUGCUAUUCUUGUUAAAAGUUCACACAUCUCAUUAAAGAUUGUCCAGUCUUGCAUUAUGUGGCAGAUCAAGAACGAGUCCUAAAAAAAGAAUACUUCCCAAUUUUGCAGGAGAGGAAUCAAAAUUACCAGAGGAAAAUGGAACGCAAAAAGUUUGAAACUCUCAAAGAAUGCAAAAAAACAAUGGUAUUAAUCAGGGAUUUCCAAACCAAAUAAGUCUUAGACAAUGUAACAGUCAUGGAAGAUGAGUUAGAUGUGUCGUAUGAUGAUAAUGAAUAAGAUAUAUCUCCUUAAGAAUAUUGUACUUUAUCUUAGUAUUUUUAGCCUCUCUUACUAAAAGCUUGUCCAAAAUCUCUAGAUAGCAAUCCCAAAACAGAAGCUAUUCAUAAGACAAUCAUCUAUAACCAAUUUAAGAAAGCGAUAGCUCAAAAGAUAGUGUCAGUCCCAACAAACCAAGAGUUAAGUAAGUUAAAUAAACCAUUUAAACUGCUGGAUUUGGCGUCAGUGAAUCUCUUCACAAUAGACUUGUAUCCAUUUAAGAGGAGUAGAUUUCAGAAUCUUAAUCCAAUCUUUAAAAAUUAGAAGAUUAUAAAUUUUCAAUGAAAAAUGAUUCCCUUGGAUUGCCUAAUCCAGCUGAAACGGCUAGAACUCCGGGUAAGAAGAUUACUCUAGUUCGCAAAUAGAAAAAGGAGGACUCUUACAAACCAUUCUCUUCCUAAACUCAGGUUGACGUGAGAGAUAGAGGACAAUCGGUUUAGAAUCAGAAUCCCAUUAGAAAACCUAAAUUAAAAGAAAUUAGGGAAAUGUCUUAAGAAAUUCCCUUAUAUCCUUCCACUUAGUCUGUCGAUAAAAGAGAUUAAUUAAGAAGAAGAACCACAAAAACAAACAGAAGUAAAACUGCCAAAACCCUUAAAACUAAAGUCUAAGAUAACCAUACUCAUACGUAAAACUAAGAAUUGUCUAUUCCUCUCUACGAUGAGUAAUAUGUAUCAAUGGAAUUAGAAGAAUUUGAAGCUUUAAAGAAUUUCUAAUACUAUUUUAGUUGGAAUAAUCCUAAAGUUGUAGUAGCCAGAGCUAUAAGGACUCUAAAAUUAAAUAUGGAUAAGAGGAAAAAUUUCGGAAACAUUUUUUCAUUAUAUACAUUCAAUAAUUUGGCUAUGAAUAAAGCUUUAAGAAUCAAAAGAAAACUGAAACUUAUGUAAUAAUAUAUUCCCAUUCAUUUUAGAGAUGAGCCACUAUUGUAGACUACAGAUAUAAAAAAAGGACAUUCUUCAAAAUCUCCUAAAUAGACAAGAAUUCCCAGUAAACGGAAUACAGCAACAUAAGAUAUUAUAGGUUUUCAUCCCAAAAGACCUACUUUUGGAACAUAAAUUUAAGUGCAAGGACAUUCAUUUAAUAAAAUUCAUUAAAAUGAGUUUCUGCUUUAAUGA